CGACCUGGGAAAGGGCAGUUUAGCAUAAACUUUGUUGCGUGAACGUAUUUUGUGUGUUGUUCCUUGUUUGAACAAUUUCGCUUGAAAUUUCCUGGUUGCCUGCAUAUCCAACACAAUAACUGAAUGUUUGGACCGGCCCUUUCAGCCUCAGUUGGAAUUUAUACUGUGUCUAACUUUUGUUCUGCAAGUUCCAGCCAUGUGGCCUCUCCUACCAGAAUCGUAGUAUUUCUGAGAUCGGACAUGGUCCACCUCCAUUGGUUGCUCUGUUCUAAACGGAUUUUGCACAUGCCUGUUUGCUUCUAGUUUUCCUAUUCUCAAAUUCAACCUGGCUCAUAGGUUUUGUUCAUGCAUUUCACAGGUUUCGGCUGUGGCAAGGUUUGGAGGGUUCUCUCUCAUUACCUUCAUUUUUAAGUAGUUAUGGGCAAACCCAUCUGUAAAGAGACCAACUGCUGUUCAAUGGCCUCCCCAUCAACAUUGUGAACUAUUCCUUCAUCAGCUAAGUUAAGCAGACGUUCGGUAAAUAUUUGGACACUUUCGCGAAACUUUUGUUGAACUUUUCUCAACGCAUUAUAGCAUGCUGUGAAGCAGUCACAAAUCUGACAGAUAAUUCUACUAUCGUACUAAUUUUACCUGGUUUUGGUCUAGUUCAGUUAAGAUGGCAUAUUUUUCUACACUUUUUACCCAAUCUUUGUAUCUAGUUGGAUCCCCUUCAAAUGGACGUAUUAUCUAAGCUAUCCCUUGAGCACCUUUUGACAAACUUGCCAGUUAACAGUCCUGUUAACCCACCUAACUCCUGGCUAGCCAUCGUGAGGGAAAGGUUUGAAGACCUACCAAGGAUCACUCACCCAGUGGCUCGAUCUGAUUCCAUUGUCAACCUGGCUCCUUAUUAUUAUAAGCAUAAAAUUACACCAUGGCCUGCUUCUUUGAUGACCAGUACUCUAUGGUUCUUGGGCCAAUGAUCCGGUCCCAAAUCCACCGCUUUGAUGACGUAGUGCGCCAGGUUAUAGACACGUCAUUAAUUCCGAGAGGAGAUACCUUCACGAUAGGAGACUAUGGAUGCUACAACGGUUUCUCAUCACAGGAGAUAUUAGAAUACAUUGUAGGCUCUCUAAAACAAGAAUGUGGAGAAGAGAUCCCCGUCCACAUCAUCUAUGAGGACCAGAAUAGCAAUGACUACAAUGCUCUGAUUCAGACAGUUUGCAGUAACGGCAAGGUGUCUAUAAAUCAUCCGAAGGUCUACAUGUCAAUGUGUCCCACAAGCUUCCAUGAGCAGUGUGUCCCUGACAACACCUUCCAUCUUCUUCUCUGUUUCUGGUCUGCUCACUAUCUGUCCAAUUCUGUGUCAUAUAAAGAUUCCCUAUUAACGUUCCCUGAUGGAACACAAGAUGAAGUCAAUGCUGUUGUGACUCAGGCCUUUGAUGAAUGGCAACAAUUUCUCCUCAAAAGAGCCAAUGAAAUCAAACAUGGAGGAAGUAUGAUGCUGAUAGUUCCUGCAGAAGAUAGAGAAAGAAAAUAUGGUCAAAGCAGAGUCCAUUUACAGAACAUGUGGGCAGCUAUGACGUCAGUUUGGCGACUGUUCCGUGAUACGGAUCUCAUCACAGAGUGUGAGUAUGAAGCAGCCAACUACUCCGGUUACUACAGAAGUGAGGAGGAACUGAGAGCACCGUUUUGUGACGAGGCCUCUCCAGUUGUCAAGGCAGGUCUACGUAUCAAGUCCCUGGAGUUAUCCCACCACGAACCCUAUAGCAUGAAACCAAUGGAAAACACCAAGGAAGAAAAUGGUGGGAAAGAAGACAUAGAGACAUCAGUUGCAAGAUUUGUUUGUACAAUCCGAUCCUGGACAGAACAUAUUUUCCUGCAGGCUCUAUCCAGCAGAUCUCGAAAGUCCAGGCGGCACGUAGUCAACACGUUCUAUGACAGACUGUUGGAGCAUUUGAAACAGCAGGACAUGUCCAACUGUGGCUGGAAUAAUAUCAUAGCCUAUAUCGUCAUUACAAAGAAAUGAUUAGACAAGGUUCCUGUAUCUGAAUACAUCUUAACAGUUUAGAGAUGUAAGUGUAGCACGUUAACUUAUAAGGUCAUUGUGAAUGAAUACAUUACUCUUAUUUAAACAGUAUAGAGGUUGUGUGUUGUGUAGGAAGUAAAUACACAAGUUACUUAAUGCUUUACUUUCCUUUGAAAAAAAUAUAGCAGUUGUGUGUACUUGUAGUCAGUGAUUGCACACGUUUAUAGUUAAUAUUUUAGAUUCUAACAGUUUGAAUGUUACUGUAAUAGUGUGUGGCUCUUCAUAAAAACUGUGGAGUCAUUUCUCUCCAACGCAAGUCACUCUUGGUUUGACCACAGUAUUCUCUCAGUCUCAAUCCCUAUAUACUAUCUAUAGUUGGCCAUUUCACUGAUUACAUUGGUUUAUGUCCUUGCACCAUAUUUAGAAAAACGAUAUUUGAAUAAAUAGCAUUUUAUGAUAUCUGUCUCUUUUUGUAAUACUUUUUGUCUCAAUUCUCUUAGAACCGUGAUGGUUUAUUGAUAAAUUCUAGAAAAAUGAAAGAUGACCAUUUGAAGUUCGAUGACUGUUGGGAUAUCUAUUUGAUCAAUAGCUGUUGGGUUAUUUGUUUAAAAGAAAUUGUAUCAAAUAUCCUUAGUUCUCUCUUUUCAUUUGAGGAAGCAUCAAUUUCACCUUCUUGUCAAAUGACAAUAUUGUGAAGGUCAAUCUCUGUGACAUGUUUGAAAGUAAGUUUCAGUAAGGCAGGGAAUAAUAUUUUACGAUCAUUCCCCUCCAAUUACGAUCGAAUGUCAACAGCAAAUAAAUAUUUUCUCGAUUUAAAUGUAAUCCAUUUAACAUAGUGUAACUUAGUUUCCAAAAUAGGACAAUGUGGAGUUCGCUGAAACUACUUGAGACCUGGUACAGGCCAAACGUGUUUUAAGUUGAUGUAAAUGGCUAUGUUGGUUAUGGAUUGCUUCGAGGUGAUAUGCCAUUAUGUGGAUCAUUUAACACAGUACAGAUAACAAAGUCAUACAUGCUAUUGCUUGGAUCAUUUGAAAUAUAGUUUCAUGUUAUGUUUGACUGACGAAAACGCCAUAUACACACCUUACCGCAAAUGUUAACCAUCACCAACUCCUGCGCCUUGAAAGGACUAUGCUCCACGACUAGGGCAUCAGCCUCAGACAUUGUAAUAAGUGCACUGUUUGAAACAGAAACUGUAAUUAUUUGAACAGGAUGGACCUAGAAUUCAGAAGCAGCACAUGGUUUUCUGUGUUAUAGACUCUUUUAACUAUGGCAACAGAGAUAUUGAUAUUUCAGAUAGGGACUAAGGCAUUCAUGUAGAAAUUUAAAGUGUUCAUCUGUUUAGAGUAAAUUCGAUAUUUCAAAUAUCGUGUCCAUGUGAAGCUCCGAUCAGAAACAACUGUCUUUGUUUACUCGAAUGUACAACUAAAGUUCCAAGAUUAAAUUAAAGCAUCUCAAAGAUGUACUGUUGAAUCAACUACCAUCCUGUUUGCCGUGGGUUGCGUCCCUGUGUUGGCAAAGGAAGGGGAUUUGGUGAUAGAGGGCGCUAGAGUCGGCAAUAGUGUUCCUUAGUCCAACAGACCACUUCGACCUUUACCUUGACGGGUGGUAGAACUAUCAAAGCUGGUUAUUGUAAUAUUGGAGUGGAGGUGUAUUUUCCAAUCCAAUCCAGUGCUACACCUGCCAAGAGUUUGGACAUGGGUCCUAGUCCCGCCAUGCCUCUGCUGUAACAAAUGUUAUACUGUAAAACGUGAAAUUAAUGCGUCUCCAAAAGAAUGCGACCGCUGGCCCCUAGCCAAAGAUGCGACUCAAUAUGAAUGCGACACCCCCUCC